UAAUAAUGCCUCAUUGAACCCAAAAAACUCACCAAACCGUUCUCAAAUUUCCAUCUUCAUCUUCUCAAAAACACUUCCCACUCUGUCUCUAUAGAAUUUUCUGAAAACCCAAAUGGCUCCUCCUCAAGUUGUUGUGAGUGGAUCCACCGGACUGGCCAAGGCGGCGAGCCUGAUGAGCCGAGCUUAUGUCACGUUCUUGGCUCGGAACGGUGGCUACGUGAAGGGCGUGGUUGGGCUAUCAAAGGGCUUGAUGAAGGUCAAGACUGCGUAUCCGCUUGUGGUGGUGGUGCUGUCGGAUGUGCCGGAGGAGCACCGCCGUAUGCUGGUGGCUUAGGGCUGCAUAGUCCAUGAGAUAGAAUCGGUGUACCCACCCGAGUGGGUGGCGAUUUAACACUAGAACUGAGCCGAGUCGACCGGUGAACACCCCACUGUGUGUGUGUGUGAAGCCAAUUCCAAUUUUCAUAUCCCAUGUUGGUCCCCCAGUAGAAAACGCAGGUCACAAAACUCAACCAGAGUGGUGACCAUUACAUCUGCACAGAAGCAACUUCAGUUCCAAAAAUUCAAAAGAAUCAAACAAUUUCAGUUCCAAAAAUUCAAAAGAAUCAAACAAUCUGAACAAUCUGAAUUUCGGCCAGAGGCAACAACAAAGGAACAAUGCAAAAAAGACAGGAGUCAAGAAGAGUUGCCAAACAAAUUUCUAAUGCUGUGUUCGGCAAGAUAUGGUGGUUCUUUUGUAUCAUAGUUUGUCCUCAAAUUCAUAUCAAUUGGUUCAUCAGAUCAAUCUUUGCAAUUACAAGAAAUUUAAUUCCCUUCCAGUGAUGAUGGUGACUGCUUCGGGAUGGGUUUUGGAGUUGUUGGAUCAAAUUUAUAUGUUCUUGGUGGCCAAAGGAGAGAGAAGGAAUCUUCAUAUUCUGGCGCCGAAGGCAAACAUUCAGCUCCCUUACCCAGAUGUAAUGGUCACCACUCUGGUUGAGUUUUGUGACCUGCGUUUUCUACUGGAGGACAACAUGGGAUAUGAAAAUUGGAAUUGGCUUCACACACACACACAGUGGGGUGUUCACGGGUCUACUCGGCUGGAUUUUAGUGUUAAACCGCCACCCAAUCUUGCUGCAGAUUUUCUCUUCGAAACUCUCUAUCACAGCUUCAAAUUAUUGCUUCACCAUCUGCUUGCCUACUUGUGAAUAAAGAGAAGGGGUUGUGAAGAGAGUGAAGAGAUGCUCUCCAGCAUAUCAGCACGGAAUUGAAUUUUAAAAAACUAUUUAUGUUAUGUUGAAUAUAUUUUGAAAUUAUUAGCAAUUGCAUAAUUAAAGUAAUAAAAAUAACAAUUUAUUACAUUUAUUCAGAAUUCAC